CUGCCCCCUGAAAAUCUUAUUUUCUUGAAUCGGCUUGUUUGUGGCUCCAGGACUCUGCAUGGUGCUAUAUACUUUAUCCAAAACACCUGAAAGUUGAAAGGAAAAAAGUCUGAAAUCUUGACAUGGAUGCCACAGAGUUCCGAAAAAGAGGAAAAGAAAUGGUGGACUAUAUUGCAGAUUACCUGGAGACGAUAGAGAAAAGACGGGUCUAUCCUGAUGUGGAGCCCGGGUACCUGAGGCCUCACAUCCCAGAUUCUGCUCCUGAAGAACCUGAGCGAUUUGAAGAUAUCCUUAAAGAUGUUGAAAAGAUCAUUAUGCCUGGGGUGACGCACUGGCAUAGCCCCUACUUCUUUGCCUACUACCCAACGGCCAACUCCUUCCCUGCUCUUCUGGCUGACAUGCUCUCUGGGGGCAUAGGGUGUAUUGGGUUUACAUGGGCAUCAAGCCCAGCUUGCACAGAGCUGGAGACAGUCAUGCUGGAUUGGCUAGGGAAGAUGAUCAAUUUGCCACCAUCAUUUCUGGCCGAGAAGGAUGGAGAGGGGGGUGGGGUAAUCCAGGGCACGGCCAGCGAAGCGACCUUGGUUGCACUGCUUGCAGCUAGAACCAAAGCGAUCCAGCGGGCGCAAUCAGAAAACGGAACGCUGACUCAGGGAGACGUCAUUGGCCGGCUGGUGGCUUAUACCUCGGACCAAGCUCAUUCAUCGGUUGAAAAGGAUGGCUUGAUCGCUGGAGUUAAAAUCAAGCAGCUCCCCACAGACGACGCGUUCGCUGUACGUGGGUCAGCCUUAAGGAAAGCCCUAGACCAGGAUAAAGCUGCUGGCCUCAUUCCAUUCUUUUUUUGUGCAACACUUGGAACCACAACAUGCUGCUCCUUUGACAAACUGUCAGAACUGGGUCCUAUUUGCAAUGAGGAGGAUAUUUGGAUGCAUGUUGAUGCAGCUUAUGCUGGGAGCUCAUUCAUCUGCCCCGAAUUCCGCCACCUUCUCAAUGGAGUGGAGUUUGCAGAUUCAUUUAACUUCAACCCACACAAAUGGCUCUUAGUAAAUUUUGACUGUUCUACCAUGUGGGUGAAGAAGAGAACAGAUUUAACCUGUGCCUUUAAAAUAGAUCCUGUUUAUCUGAAGCAUGACCAUCAAGAAUCAGGACUUAUUACAGAUUAUAGGCACUGGCAGAUCCCCUUAGGCCGUCGGUUCCGUUCCUUGAAGAUGUGGUUUGUGUUUCGGAUGUAUGGAGUGAAAGGACUGCAAGAGUAUAUCCGGAAGCAUGUUAAGCUGGCACAUGAAUUUAAGGACUUGGUGUUGCAAGAUGAUCGAUUUGAGAUCUGUGCUGAUGUCAUUUUGGGACUGGUGUGCUUCCGACUAAAGGGUACUAAUGAACUGAAUGAAGCACUACUUAAAAACAUAAACGAUUCCAGGAAGAUUCAUCUUGUUCCCUGUAACCUGAGAGGGAAAUUUGUGCUGCGUUUUGCAGUUUGUGCCCGCACAGUGGAGUCUGCCCAUGUUCAGUUUGCCUGGAAGCACAUUACGAAGUUGGCAGGGGAACUUCUAAAAGCACAGAAGCAGCAAGAGUAAUGGCUAAAAGUCACUUGAAGAUUUAAGGAAUUAGGAAGGACAAACUGUAGCGAUGAAUUAUUUCACUUCUGGCAUGACUGAUACAUGCAAAACUACCAUAAUCGAACUGUGCUGCUAUAACCCAAAUCCAGGAAGUAUGUAGAUAAAAACACUAAGCAUUGCUUUGCUG